GUAAUAUACCCUGGUACUUAAGGAGCUCGGCCUGAGCCUGGACCCAGGCCAAAAAUGUCGCGGUCGGUGCAGAGCUGAGCCGCGCCUUAAUAAGCUGAGUGUACCAGAUGUACGUAAGAUAAGCUUAAUUAUCUAGGGAAAGCUGGACAACUUUUGGGACAGCCCCAGCGUCGCUCAAAAUGUCUCGCGCCACCAGCACAAGUCGCUGGCGAUCGGCGCUUGAACGCUUUCCAUCGCACGUGGAAGAGGCUAAGGGGCCAGAUGGCAAGAUACAGAGGGGGUGGCAUCACCUGGAGCUCCGGAUCGCCGCGGAGCUCUUGCGCAUCGGGCCUUACCACAGUGCUGACGAUCACUGGGCACCUACGGACUGGCAGCUACUGCUGGUGGUGUCCGAGUACAUGUCUGCGCUGUUGGAGUUCCUGGACUGGUUUUGGCCCGAGAUGGGCUGGGAGCAGCAUAAGCAGGCCAUCGUGCUGUCCAAGCGCCUGCUGCAGCCGCGCAGCCCCAACACUUUCCCUAGCCUGCCCAUCGACCCGCAGCUGCACGCGGCGUGGCGCGCCUUCACCUACUGCUUCUGGCACGGCACGAGGCACAUGUCUUCGUCGGCCCCGGCCGGCAUGUCGCAAGCCCCCUACACUGCUGCGCGCGAGUGGCUGACCAAGCUGGUCGGAGAUAAGGGGCUUGAGAGCGACGGCCAGAUAGUCUCGUCCCUGCAGAACUGGCUGGAGGCAAUGGGGCCGCGGCUGCGCGACGCUUUCCCCAACGCGCCCAUCGACUGGGCCCAGUGGCCGGCGGUGACGUGGCCGGACGCGGAGUGCGGCUGCCGCUCGGUGGAGAAGCGUGGCGCGGUGAAGCGGCAGACGGAGGAGGAGUACGCGGUGCGCUGGCCGCUGCGCGUCACGCAGGGCCGGCCAAAGUUCAACCACGCCAAGGUGGAGGCACGUGACGGCUUCAGUGUGGGCAUCCCCUCCGUCAAGAACCCGCCCGCCCUUGGUUUCCUGGCGGUCAGCGACGUCAUGUGCGCCUUCAAGCAGGCAACGCAGCACUGGCCGUCCGCACCCCCCUCCACGCCGGCGCACGCGGCGCAGCAGGAGGUGGUGCACAGCUUCGUGACCAACGUGCUGCGCGAGACGCGCGGCCCCCUAGCGCCCGGCAUUGGUCAUGAGCAGUUCAAGUACCUGGGCUACGUGGCCUGCUGUGUGCAGGGCUGGCAGAACGCGCUGCCGCACAUCGAGGCCCUGGUCCGCGCAUCAGCCUCCCUGGGGGCCAUGCCGAUGGUGUUCCCCGGCACAGCCGAGGCCAACGCAGCCGCCGCGGCGAUAGGCGCGCCCAUGACAAUGGGGCUGCUGAUGCCGCCGCCCUCCGCCGCCGGCCCAGGCGUGCAGCAGCAGCAGCAGCACGGCGGCGGCGGUGGCGGCCAGCCGCCGGCGGGGCAGAUGCUGCUCCACCAGUCCAGUGGGCUGAGCCAGCAUCAGCAUCAGCAGCUGCAGCAGGCAGCGGCAGCGGUCGCACAGCAGCAGCAGGGCGGCGCGAACGGAGGCGGUGGGGCAGGCGGUCUGUCUGCGUUUCUUAACACGGGCGGCCCCGUGAUCGGUGGCUUUCAGGAGCUCCUGGGACUGCAGAACGCCAACGGGUUGCAGCCGCUUUCGUUGCGACAGCAGCCGCAACACCAGCAGCAGCAACAACAACAACAACAGCAGCAGCAACAGCAGAACUUUCUGCAACAGCAGCAGCAGCAGCAGCAGCAGCUGUUCCAGCAGCUGAUGGCGCCUCAACAACAGCAGCAGCAAUACAGUAAUUCACUGCAGAUGGCCGCCGGCGGGCCACCGGUGAGCCGCACGCGCCCCAGCCCCUUCACUCGCAGCACGUCGGGGGCCAUGGGCAGCGGCGGCAGCCGCUCCGCCGGCACUGUGUCGCCCAGCGCCUCCCUGGACGAGCUGACGCAGUACCAACAGGCCUUCGCUGCGCAGCAGGCGCUGGCGCAGCAGCAACAGCAGCACCAGCAGCGCAUGCAGCACCAGCAGCAGCAAGGCCAGGGCGGUGGUGGCGGUGGAGGGCCGCAGCAGCUGCCGCCGCUGCCGCAGCUGCAGCCGCCGGGUAUGAAUGGGAAUUCGUACUUGGGUGGACAGUACGGACAGCAGUACGGUGUGCCGUACAGUGCGCCGCCAGCCACCGGCGGGGCGCAUGCGGGCGGCGGCUACAUGCCUUUCAUGAAGCCCCCGUCCCUCAGCGCCACCGGCCCGGCGGGCGCGGACUUCCCGGCCCAGCCGCCCUUCCCAGUCUUCCCGAUGCCGCCGCCGCUGCAGCAGUCAUCUCCCGACGUGUCGCCACAGCCCUGGGCCACUGUCACCUUUGAGCCGCUUGACCCGCAGGCCGUGCAGCAGCAGCAACAGCAGCAACAGCAAUUGCAACAGCAGCAACUGCAACUGGCUAAUACGCCACGGGUGAUCAUCACGCCGCUCAUCAACGGUGACAAGUCCCAGCAGCUGCCGGAGCAGACGACGCAGGGCCAGCAGCAGGGGCAGUCCGGACAGCAGGGCCAGUCAGCGCACACGAUUAGCAUGCUCAGCAACACCCUGAUUUCGGUGCAAGUGCACCCGCUUCCCCCUGCUGGCGGCCAGCAGCCGCCGCAACCACAGCUGCAAUCGCAGCAACCGCAGUCGCACUCACAGCAGCAGCCAGCGCAGCAGCAGGGCCCCGGCGGCGCAGCGGGCGCCGGCGGCGCAGCGGGCGGAGGCCCCCAGCACAUGGACGGCGGUGCGGCCCCCAUGAGCCUGGGCGGCCUCAGCUCCAUGCAAGACCUGCUGGAUGAGCUGCCAUCGCAGCCGGAUCAGUCCUGGUUCGCCUUCCUAGACACUCUGGCAGCCGGAGGCGCCGGCGCCGCCGGCGCUGCGAUGGGCGCUGCCGCCGCGGCGGCAGCGGGCGCCGAAGGCGCAGCAGCGGCAGCGGCAGCCGCUGCGACCGGCAGCGCAGCGCCUGCUGCUGCCGGCGGCGCUGCGGCAGCCGCCGAUGGCGUCUUGGCGCACCUAGCGCUGCCGUCCGGGCUGCCGCAGACGAUGGACUUCAGCAAGGUCCUGUCGCGAGCGGCACAGGGACGCGCCACCACGCCCUUCAUGCAGCCACCCGUGGUCACCAUCAUGCCUGCUGACGCAGCUGCAGCCGCGCGACUGCAGCAGGACCAACAGCUGCAGCAGCUGCAGGCGCAGGCCGCGUCGGCGGCCGCCGGCGGUGACAGCCCGAGCCCCUCCCUAGCCCCCGCUGCCGAUAUGGCCGGGGCCGUGCCGGCCCCCGCUGCCACGGCGGCCUUUGGCCUGCCACCUCCCCCGCUGCUCCUGAGCACUGGGUCCUCGGGCACGGCGGCGGCUGGGCAGCCAACCACCAUGGACGGGCGCCAGCUGCUGCCGCCGGAGUCCUCCCCGCUGCAGCAGCGCAGCUCCGGCGACGGCAAGGGCGAAGGCGUGUUUGACAUGGUCUCAGUCGAAGGCGGCAGCGGUGACGACGCAGCGGCGAUGGCUCUGACCGGCCUAGAUGGCGGUGUCCUGACCGGGAAUAGCGACGAGAGCGGCGGCCGCACCAUUGCCAUGACAAUGAGCGGCGGCGACGGGAGCGCUGGCGGUGGCGGCAGCGGUCGCGGCCGAAAUCGGAGCGCCAGCGGGGCCGCGGGCGAGGGCGACGGGGAGGGCGAGGGCUUCAGUGGAGGCAGCGGCUCCCUCCGUCGGGCCCUCGCUGUGGCGCGUGGUAGCGGUGGCGCAGCCACUGGGACUUCGGGCGGCACCGACGGCAGCAGCCCGGACUCGUCCACCAUUGGAAGCUCUCCGGUCACCGCGGAUGAGGCCAACCAGCAGGCGACCAAUGCGGCGGACGAGGCAGGCGGCGCGGAGGGUGCCGCCCAAGGAGACGCAGCAGCGCAACAGCAACAGCCACGGACAAUCCUGGCGCCCGCACUAGCGCGACCGUUCAUCUCGCAGGGCGCGCAUCCGCACGUGCAGCAGCAGCCGCUGGCAGGCCGGCGCACGCGGGAUGACGCCGCCGCGGCUGCGGCUGCGGAUGCUGCGGCAGCCGGGCUCGUGUCCGCCCCUGGAUCGAUGAACGAGCGCCGGAGGAAGCGCGCAAAUGCGCAGACGGACGUGGUGGUCUCCGUGGAGCGAGUGGAAUCACUGGACGUGCUAAUCGGCGCUGGCGGCGGCAACAUCAACGUCGGACUGAGCGCCAGCGUCGGCGGCGUGAUGCCCAGCGGCCGGCUGCUCAACACGCUGCUGCCGUCGGGCCUGACGCUGCCGCUGUCCUCGCCGGGGAUACAGGUCAGCGGCAGCGCCGGCGGCAGCGGCAACGGCAGCACUGAGGCGCGCGGCCCGGCGACCGACGUGUCUGCCUUCACGGCCGCCGCCGCAGCGGCGGUGGCGGCAGCGAAUCUGCCCACGGACGGCGGGCCGUAUGCACCCAAGCCUGAGCAGCUGAAGGUGCGGCUGGUGUCGCUGCUGCGGGAGGCGGAGCUGUUGGCGACACAGCUGGCGUCCCAGGACCCAGCGGGCACGCGGGCACUGGUGGUGGCGGCGCUGAAGGGAGGCAGCCUGAUUGGGAACUGGUGCUCUGCGCCGCCUUCGCAGCAGGGCUCGGGCGCAUCUGGUUGACCGGGCCACGGGCGCAGCAAAUGGCAGCAGCGGUAAUGGCGCCGCGCAGGAUAGGAGCACCCCUGCAGCACAUACAGCGGGAGAGGGGAUGGGCGAGUAAGGUGGCGGCGCGUCCAGACCGUGUGUGUACGUGCGCGUGUGUGAGUGGUGCAUGGCGCUGAGUAGAGACUACGGCAGCGGACGCGUGCAGUGCGGAUGCCACGGCGCUGGCGACGAUGGCAGCCGCGGCGGCUGUGCUGCGAGCCGGCAACUCCGAUGCGGAUGUGAUUGCGGCAGCGCGGGGCCUCAAUUAGGUCAGUGGUGCGAGAAGGCCGACGGAGGCAGCGGCAACGGCAUGGCGGUGGCCUCACGCUAGCUACGACGUACAUACAGGAUGUUGCGCAAUGUCCGCAGCUGCACUGUGUGCCUCGCUUGCAGCGGGGUAGCAUUUGGAAAGGGUAAGGCAUGCUGGAUAGUAUAACUGAGGUCUAAAACGCAACUAUGGGAUUGUAGGCCCUGAACGGCUCCAGAACCUGAAAUUGAGUGCCCACGGUGGAGCGUCUGCAGCGGGGCCCUAGGGCUUUCUGGUUGACGCUAUGCGAGGGUGUGCUGUCCUUGUGUGCUUUCCACGUGGGGGUCAGUUUGCGUGAAUGGAGUUGUCAUUGUCGUAGUAUUCAUAAGAAUCAUUGCCGUGCGGUUUGCGGGAGGUUUGCUCUCCCGUACUGCUGCGUGCCCUACUCCAGCGUGUAUGCAAUGCAGCGGAUGGUGGUCUAACGCAUGGCUGGACGUUUGGGGAAGAGGUUUCAUUCACGUCGUGCAUUGCGCAUUCCAGCCCGCAUGUACCGCCAUGGGAAUGUCGGGAUAGGUCUGAUCGUUGAUACGCCCGUUCGUGUCUUAAUUUGCUGACGUCAUUCGGAGAAGGUGUGUGUGGCUUUAUGUACAUUGUUGUGGCUACUUACAUCGGGAUAGAGGCUCGAAACCGCACAAGCUGGCGCUUGGCGCACCGCUAACCUUUGCCUCUGUAGGUUGGCAGCGGAUACGUAAUACGGGAAGAAACAUCUGAAGCACCGGUUGUGUUGCCAGCUGCGUGCGUGUAAUCGCGUCUUCCGACCUUUGGCCGGUCGGUGAAAGGGUCGGUCGGUCGGACAUUCGGCCGUAGACGGUGGGCGUGCAGAGCUAGCUGUUGCGUGCUGGCAUGCGGUGCCAUACGGCACGGUUUGACCUCUGAGUUGUGCAACCAUCCCCACCUGUUUCAACAGUGAGAAUCUAAAACAUGGGAGAUAGCGAACGAGAGUAUGUGACUUAACUUUGAAUCCAAGGCCGGGACAGACUGGGAUGUAUUGUGUGGUGUGAUUGGUACUGGACGUGCAUACGGUAGCGGAAUGCAUGGCUUUGCCCAGCCCGUCUACCAGCAUGAGUCCGCAUUCCGCAUCCAGACCUAAGCAGGAACACGCAUGGCAAGAAUGAUGGGUUUAUGGGACAAGGUGUACGUGCGCCAAAGCGCAGGCUGCGCGGAGCAGUUGCGCCUAAUAAUGCGUCGGUUCGGGUUCGCGUGGUUGUAUGGAUGUUUGUUUUCUCACUUGCCAUGCUUAUGCCAGAGACAUGCGGGUUUGUGCGCACAUACACAUGUUCGUGGAUCGUACUUCUAUGAAGUGUGUAAAUCCAACUGACCUUAUGGUUUCUGGCUGCCGAUGCUGGCUUGUUGCCAGUGCCUGGGGGGCCCAGGGUACGUACUGUGGGGCGUGGGCACACAGAUGCGCAGAUUGUUGGCGUGUCGUGGUCAAGUGUAAGCUUUGAUGAUG